AUGCAGAAACAAAACAGCACGAUCAGCUCACCUCCUCCCUUUACAGAGCUCCACACGCUAGUUGGGAAGUAUCUUACCAAGGGCAGCGACGUCGAGGGAUGGCAGCUGGACGCCAUGGAGAAGGUCCCUGGUCGGUUUCAGGUGUACCCUUUUGUCGAACACCAACUUGUCGGUGCGAACCUGAUCUACAAGAACCAGGAGCUCGGUCUUGAGGCUAAGUUCCGUUGGGCUAACGCGUGGAAGUCGUGGAAGCAAUAUAUGCCGCAUGUGAGCUACUUCUUCAUCGACAAAGGUUUAUCGCACAAGGUGGAGUUCAACGCACCGGUGGACACACUAUCAUAUACCCUUAAUCAUCCCUCUAUAUCCGCGUCAUGGUCGUCCGAAUUGUCGAACAAGGGAGUCAGUACGUUUAAUUUAUCGACACGCCUCUGUAAACCGGUGUGUGCGGGCGUAUCGUUUUUGUACGAUCCGAUCCGCAGCGGCAUCAAGGACGCGGUUGCUUUAGUGACGUACGCAAAUUGCCAAACCCUCGCCGGUGGAGACCUUGUCGCGAAGUAUGCACUAAGUAACGGCCUCUCCCUACAUCUCCGCGCCCCUGUUGAUCCCUGUUCGAGCAUUGUCGUUCUUGCAGAGCGGAACCGUUUUUUGGCAGGGUUGCAUACGAGCCUAAACAACAGUGCACGCUUGAUUGUGAACGCGAACCUUACAGAUGGAAGCUGUACUUUGACGGCUAUACGCAAUCUUAGAGAUAUAUGGAAGGUUAGCUUUACCUGUAGCCUUCCGGUUCUAAAUACGGGCACGUUCCGUCCGAAGUAUGGCAUAAAACUAUCCAAUAAAGAUGUAGAGGAAUGA